AUGUUUAACAAGGUUCUCUCGAGAGACAAACUGCUUGUGGGUCUUAACAGCCGUCCCGCAUCUCGCUUUUGGCGCCAACGCAUCCGCUUACAACUGACUCCCUAUGUGGCACCCCUGGAAACUCAACACCCUGAACUAGUAAAUAUUUACAAUAUUUCUCCCAAUACCUCUCUUUUUCGGACUGAAAGAAGGGUCGACGAAUUGGGGACCUCAUCUGAGACUUUAGACUCCACUCCCCUCACUCGCACCCUCCCAAUUCGUGCCCUCAGUGAGGUCUUUGUGAGCACCUGUAUGCGUGCGAGGGUGUCCGAAUACGAAAUCUCCUUGGACGACUCGGAUUUUUUUCGACAGAAAUCGAGUGGUCUCAUUGUCUGCAAAGGCACCGGAUCCUCUGUGUGGUACUACAACACCAAUCGCGUGACCUCCUGGCUGGUGCGCUCACUGCUGACGCUGGCCGAAAAAGAACUGGCGGCCUCCGGUGGGCAUCCCGAGUUGCACCAACAGCAACAGCAGCAGUCAAAGGAGAGCCUUGUUGGCUACCGAGCCUAUCAUGGCGCUGAACGUGAGAUUACUAUUACAGACCGAGUAGCCAGCGUGCAGAUCAAACUCUGA